ACGAACAAAAAAGUGCCACAAUAUUUAUAGUACUACUAUUAUAACGUAAAACAAACAAAGCCUAGAAGGCCGUCAAAAUCGAACUACGCUAGGCCUAUUUAUUGACAGUGUAAGCCAGGUGCUGCAUGAUUUGUUCAUUUACUAAACUGACGAUCGUGUUUAGUAGAUUAUAUUUUCUUUUUGGAUUUUAAAAAUGGUGGAUAAGACAUAUAUUUUGUUAAUUGAAUAAAAUUUCUACUUUUUCGAUUCACGAGCCGAGUCUCUCUCUGCCGAAAAAUUCCAUCUUUUAUGCUCGUUUUAAAUGUUUGCGUGGCAGUCUAAGAGGCGUCUGACUAACGGUUACAAGUCGGAAGAGGAGACUGAAGAGGAAGAGGACGACGUAGAGGCGGGAGGAGCGGGAGGAGAGCGAGAAAGGAGAAAAACAGAAGGGAUACAUCAUCAAGAAUCCGAAAGGAAACCAACUCUAAACGGUUACUCUACUCAUUCAUCCUCAUCUUUAAACGAGGUGAAAAGAGAGAGGACUACCAUCAAAUGUAGAAAUUCUAGUUGUAAAUUUGAAGUUCCCCUAGCAGAAGGAAGGAGGAGUUUUAAAACUUGCCAUCACUGCUUUACCUAUUAUUGUAGUAGGCAGUGUCGAAGUGAACAUAGGCCUAGACAUAAACAAAAUUGCCUGCAGUCUCGUUUAAAUUCUGUUUGUAAGAGAGUCUUGAGGACUGUCCAUGACGAAAGUCAAUUAAGCGACGAAUUCUCUAAAAGAGCCUUUACAGGCCUAUUAAAAUAUGGAAAAGGAUGUUUGAUAUUGGUUUUUGAGAACUGUCGGGAAGCUGAGGAAUUUAUCGUUGAUCCAAAGAUAAAAGACAAUUUAUCUUAUCAUUCGUUAUCCGAAUUGAAGAGAAUUAGUGAGAUUCAUAAAGAUGAUACGGGUUACAUACAAAAACUGAUAAAAACUGUUGCAGAAUAUAAUCCUGAUAUUAAGUUUGUCCUCGACGUUGAGAUAGACGGUGAAAUGGAACAAUGUCAUCCUCUACCUAGAAAUAGGACAACUAUUAUGAGAGAAUACGGGAAAUUUAGAUUAUCAGAUAGUUACAAACUAAUACCGCAAAAAGACGGUCCCUAUAGGCCUCUUAUAUUAACGGAAGUUCCAUCGGAAGAUAGUUCUGAAUUAAGUAAGCGCCGAGUGUUUUUUGCUCACGUGCAAAGUAGACUAUUAGAGAGAGGUAUUCGUUUAGAGAAGGAUUAUCCCCAAAUCUACGUUCGUUUAUGUAACUACGUUGAAAGAAAUGAACACUUUGAACCAACGUGUAUUUAUCCAAUAGAUAACAGAACAGGGAAAGAGUUUAUGUGCUUAAUAAUGCCCGAUUCGGAAGCGGACAAAGUAGAUAAAGAUGAAUUUAUUUUAUCUUCUUAAGAAGAAGAAGAAGAAGAAGAAGAACAUUUAUACAGAAAGAAAGAUGAAACCAGGGAGGACGCAGGCCGUUUAUCAUGCAGAUUCCAGUUAUACUGUACUUGGUAUAGUCGUUACUAUCUAUAUUAAACUAUAUGCUUAAUUUAUAUAUAACUUGCAUGUUUAUAGUGACAAUAUAUUAGAUAGAUAUUGUAUACAUAUACAGUAUAUAUAGAUAUAUUUCCCUUUAUAUAUAGAUACAGUAUACUUUUAGACUACAGAGAGAGAUAAUUAACUAGUGGGAGAGACGCCUAAUAGGCUUGGGAGGGUAGUUAGAAUUUUUUCUUAUAGAAUGUCAAUUUGAAGUGGACGAACUGUGUUAACCUUGUUUUAAUCCGAUCGGCAACUUCAAUGCAGAAGAAAUUCUCAUAUUCAAUUGUUCGUCCGACCGUAAAAAAUUGCAAUAAAUACAGAUUAUCAAUAGGCUCUUUUUAAUCUUUUUCCUUUUAACGGAUCUUUUAUGGAGGUAUAGGAAUCUUUCAGCUCUCUAUACUUACCACUUGUACUCUCUCUCUCUUUUAAGAGGGUCACAAUAACUUCCAUUUUUCUUUCCUUUUCAGGAAUUGGCUACAGUUUCGAGGAGUUUCUUUUCUCCUUUCAUACUUUUCAAUUAUUUCUUCAACUAUCUUACGAAUUGAUCAACCACCCUUUUUUUCCCGCCGCCUUUCUCCUUUAUUAAUAUUCUCUAGUCAAUAGCUAAAUUAUAAAUAAGUAGAAUAACUCUCUAAGUCGUAGUCAUAAUAUUGCUUUGUCCUUCUAUCCUCUUCCAAUUUAUCCUCUCUUUUUUCUUUUUUUGCUUGAACGUUUUUUUUUUACUUAGCAAUAACUGCAAAGCCUAUUGAACAGUAAUAGUACUCUAAUCCGUUCAAAAAUCUUAUUUUUGUAGCCGUAUCACUAGCCCUUAUCCUUCCACUUCACUUAAUCAAUCAUUUAAUCAAUCAAUCAAUCAAUCAAUCAAUGAAAGCGAUAAGAGAGGAAACGAGUCUUUUAGGGCUAAUAAUGUUUUAUCUACUAUAGGCGCCAUCUACAAGACGAUAAAUAAAUUAAAAUAAUAAUAACAACAAUAAAGCAG